GCGACUGGAAAUCGACUUCUGUAAGAGAGUUCCGUCAUGUAACAAGACAUAUAAAUGUUAGUACGAUAUCGAGACUUGCAGAGAAUACAUCUCGUACUAAUCCUUGAUCACACGAGAUUUUAUUUUAAUUUUAUUAUUCUAUUUGUGAACUGAAGUCUGUGUUGCACUUAUAAGUGGACCGCUGUUAUCUAGUUUUAACGUGAUCAAGAUAAAAGAAAUUAAGAUGACCAAAAAUUUACCGGAGAAUAUUUCUGUAGAAGACGUGGUGGAGAAACGAAUGCGUAUCAUUCUUAAGGAAGGCGCUGAGACUCUGAUGGAUUUUGAAUCUGUAAAACCAGAAUUGCCAUCGUUUUACGAUGAAAAAAAAUUCCGACUUGGUCAGCAAGCUUUCUACAAUAAUGUUUUUUCAAUGAUGAUUGCAAAACUUUGCGGUCUGAUAUCUCUCCUGGCAAUUUCGACCAUACUUAACGUAGUUAUGUUUACCAAAAAAAGCGGUACACCUUGUUUGGCGUAUCGUAGAUAUGCGUUGACAAUUCUUCACACAUUUAUAUGGCAUGAAAAGGAUCCUCACGGCAAGCCCAACGAAUUCUUGGAGUCCUUGAAAAUUGUGCGGAGAAAGCACUGUGUUGCAUUCAGACGAAGUACCGAGGCUGGCGUUCAUAAACCAACGCAAUUGGAUAUGGCACUUGCUCAAUUUGGAUUUAUCGGAUAUACUAUGAUAAGCGGAGAAUAUCUAGGAAUAAAAACUACUGCCGAAGAAAUGGAAGGUGUGGUGCAUCUCUGGAGAGUCAUCGGGAGCAUGCUCGGGAUGGACGACAAAUACAACCUCUGCACGGGAACAGUUGAAGAAACUCGUGCUCUUUGCCAAAGAAUAUUGGAAGAUGUAUUCGUGCCCUCUCUGGCAAAAAAGAAUGAUCAUUUCGAUGAAAUGGGCAACGUGAUGUUACAGAGCUUCUGGCCCAUUAACUUUAAUAUUGAUCCGAUAGCAUUCAUGACGUUCACAUUUCAUUUGGCCUCUUCGACUGCGCGCAACAAUAAUCACUAUAUCAAAAUAGAUACUUCGACUAUGCCGUUUUACAGCUGGUACUUAUUCAAUUUGCAACACUUCGUACUUAAAUAUUUAAUGCGACCCAGUGCAUGGUGGUCCUCAUUUUUCCGUGCAAUUUUGAAUGCUUUAAUGCGUUUAUCAAUUUUCCUUUUGGAAAAAUAUCCCUUCCUUGCUUGUUGGACUUUCGGAAAGGAGUAUGCUAAUGUCAGUAUUUUUCAUUAUCACUUCGACUAAAUUUUUAAUCGAAAUAAAAGGAUUAACAGUUUUUAAUCAAAUUAUAUAAAAAUUGUGAAAUUUUAUCAAUUAACUAAGAGUUAAUUAAGUGAGUAAACUGGCAAAUAAGGGUCAAGACGCAAAUAUUGGUGCGCAAAUUUAUAAUUACUAAAAUAUAAUAAAUAUAAUAAUAAAUUUACGCACCUUGACUAUCUGCUAGUUUAUCCACUUCAUCAUUCUAAGCCUAUUGCUGUUAUUAUAAAAUACUAUGUAAAAAAGCCGCAAUGUGACGUAUAUAUAAUUAAUUAAUUAAUUAUUUACUAUAUACAUAUUACGUAUACAGAAUAAGGAUUGUUUGAAACAAAAAAAUAAAUAUGUCGAAUAAACUUUCUUGAAAAAUAAAUAACUAUUGCUUUUAAAAAUUAAUAUAGAAGGGAAAAACGCUCAAAACGUAUGUAUGUAAUAAGAAAGACUUUUGUAAUUAUAAUAAUUAUAGUUAUCAAUAUAAUUAUAAUAAUUAUAAUCAUUAAGAUAAAUUGUACUGAGGCUUCUAAUAUAAUUGAGUAAUAUAAAAUAUAUAUAUAUCUAUUUAAGACAAUGUUAGUUAUAAUAAUUAUUUAAUCCAGUUGCAAUAGUUAAAAUAUUUUGCAGAUAACA